GAUGUUUCCUGAAGUUGAAUAUUACAUGAAAUUGAAAUAAAAUAUCCCGGAAGUGGAAGCAGGUCACCAUCUUGGUCGUGCGGCUUGACUCUUCGGGGCGAUGCUAGCUCGGCUAGCAGCCUGUCCGGUUCCUCCUCGGUGGUAUGGAUAUAGAGACAGCUUUUCACACCGUGGGGGAGUUUGGACCGUAUCAGAAGCGGGCUGUGGCCGCGCUCGUCCUGGUUCAGGUCUACAUGGCCUGUCAGUCCAUGCUGGUGGUUCUGGUCGGAUACACACCAGAGUACCGGGUCGAUCAGCCGGCCGACGGUCCGUCCAGCCACGUCACCUUCACAGAGGAAGCGGACUCCAUCGUCACUGAGUGGGUUCUGGUCAAACAGCAGGCCUAUAAGGUCAGCCUGGCCGGGUCGCUGUUCUUCACCGGGCUCCUGGUCGGGAACGUCGUCUUUGGGCCGCUCUCUGAUAAGAUUGGAAGGAGACCCGUCUACCUGACAGGUCUGCUUUUGGAGGUGAUCUUUGGUUACGUCACCGCCAUGGCGCCCAGCUACGAGGUGUUCGCCGCGUCCCGCCUGCUGGUGGGCCUGAUGAACGGCGGCAUCGGCCUGGUCUGCUUCGUCCUCACUCAGGAGUAUGUGGGGAAGUCCUACUGGGCCAUGACCGGGACGCUGAACAGCAUGAUCUUCGCCGUGGGCAUCGCUCUGUUCGGAGCUCUGGGAUACUUCAUCCGGCCCUGGAGGACUCUGGCCAUGGUGGCCAACUCUUCAGGCGUCCUCUUCUUCCUGAUGUCUGUUCUGCUCUACAUGGCGGCGAGGAACGGCAGCAAAGCCUCCCACCUGAUGCUGCAGCGCGUUGGCGCCGCCAAACCCGGCAGCCCUGUGAGGAACGGGGGCGGAGUCCUGCAGCUGGUGCUCCAUCCCGUCCUGCGCCUCAGGACCAUGGUGCUCAUGUACGUGUGGUACGCCUGCAGUCUGGUGUAUUACGGCCUCACGCUGGGAGCAGGCGACACGUCGGGGAGCCGCUUCGUUAACGUGGCCAUGUACGGCCUGGUGGAGCUGCCCGCUUAUCCCCUCUGUAUUUACUUUAUCAACCAGAGCUGGGCUGGGAGGAGGAAGAGCAUGGCUACCUUCCUGUGUCUGGCUGGAUGCGCCUGCCUCUGCAGCACCUUGAUCCCAGAGAACACAGGGACUCUGCUGAGCGUCACGUCUUUGGCUCUGCUGGGAAAACUGAUGGUCAGCGCGGCGUUCAACAUCGCCUACGUCUACACGUCCGAGCUGUACCCCACCGUGAUCAGGAACGCCGGGCUGGGCGUUUGCUCCAUGUCCUGCAGAGUCGGAGGAAUCCUGGCUCCAUUCGUUCCUUCGAUGCGGGCUCUCCACGCCUCCAUGCCCUUCACGGUGUUCUGUCUGAGCGGCCUGUCUGCAGGCUGCCUGGGCCUCCUGCUGCCUGAAACUCUGAACAGACCCGCAGCCGAAACUCUGGAGGAGCUGAGCAGCCCGAGCCGCGGCCGGGUUCUGGAGAGCAAGGCUCUGCUGUACGAAGAUGAAAGGUGGAAAUCAAACCACACAUGAAACCAGAGGCCUCAUCUUUCCGUGCUGCCUCACGGCGCCGAGCCGUCUCCAGGUUUCCUGCCGCCUGACGAGGUUCUGGCGGCGUGGACUCUCUUCCUCCUCCUCAGGUCUUUAAACUCCUGGCCGUUGCCAUGGCGUCCACGCCUUCGGCAGGAAGCGAAGCACAAAUAGCGACUCGGACGUGAAACAUUCCUGUUGCGAACAAAUCAGA